AUGGUCUCGAAGACGUCGACAGAUGCGUUUGGGAUGGAGCUACAGCAUGCCGGUGAAUUUGAUGAGGCUGGUCAACCGUUCACUUGCUCGCAGGAACAUACUAGGACUGGUGCAGAAUCCGGAUCUGCGGCCUCACAAGCCGACAAGAAGCCGGAAAACAUACACGGCCCCAAGGGGAUCAGAUUCGCGCUUUUGUUUACAUGCAUCCUUCUUGGAAGUUUCUUCAUUGGUUAUGAUACCAGCUGUAUCGCGACAUUGACCCCAGUCAUCACCGAUCAGUUUCACGCUCUCAAUGACGUUGGGUGGUAUCAAAUAGCAUACUUGCUCGCACAAUCUGCAACAAUGUUGAUUUAUGGACAACUGUACUCUUUUUAUUCGAUGAAAACACUCUACAUGGUGUCAUUGUUUGUCUUCGUUAUUGGCUCAGUACUAUCUGCCACAGCUCCAACGUCCCCAGCAUUCAUCGUUGGGCGCGCACUGAGUGGACUGGGAGCAGCGGGCAUAUUAGCGGGAAUGAACAUUAUUGUCGCACAUACAACCUCACUCAAGCACCGGCCUAUCUAUUCUGCAAUCGCCGGCGGCGUAGAAUGUAUUGCCCUGGCCUUUGGUCCUUUCAUCAGUGGAAGCAUAGCCCAUUACUCGACGUGGAGGGUCAGCUUCUAUAUCAUCAUCCCGAUUGGCGUUGCCAUUAUUGUAAUGGUCUUCUUUAGCAUCGGUCACAUUCGUCUACCCGAAAAUUCACAUCUCAGCUGCAAGGAGAGACUGAAGCGCAUCGACUGGGCAGGCUUCACCAUAAACGUACCGAUGACUCUAUGCUUGGUACUGGCUUUGGAGCGGGCUGGAACGGCAUACUCAUGGGCCAAUUGGCGAAUCAUCCUCCUGCUCGCAGUGGCUGCGGUGCUCCUUGCUAUAUUCCUGAUCGUGGAGUACAGGGCUGGUGACGACAGCAUGGUCCCACUGAAGAUGCUGCGUCAGCGGUCUGUCGCCUUUGCUAGCCUCAUCACCUUUUGCAAUUUUGCGCACCUUUCGGUGAUUGCGUACUACUUACCAUUUUACUUCCAAGCAGUGCGCGGCGCAAGCACACUUGGAUCUGGUCUCAUGUACCUACCCUUGGCCGUGACAUUGGCGAUUGCCGCACUAGUCGGCGGUCCUUUGACGACUUAUAUAGGCUACUACAAUCCGGUUUUGAUGCUCGGGGGCGUUCUCAUGGCUGUUGGAAGCGGGCUCAUAACUACACUCCAGCCUGAUACCGGUUCUGGAAAGUGGAUCUCUUAUCAGAUCCUCUACGGGAUCGGCAUCGGUCUAGCUUUCCAACCGCCCUACAUCGCCGUCCAGACCGUACUUCAAGACUCCAUGGUGCCCACGGCACUGGUUAUGUUGAGCUUCGCACAGCAAUUCGGGGGUAUCGUCAUCCUAUCCAUUGCGCAAAAUGUGUUCCGUGACCGACUGGCCUACAACAUGGCCACACGAGUACCGGGAUUUGACCCCAAAAAGACCCUGGGUAGUGGUGCGCUAGGCCUCAUUAAUGCGGUCCCAGCAAAAUUUCGAGAUCAGGCCCUAGUUGCCUAUAAUGGGGCUCUUGUCGACGUUUUCUAUAUUGCAUUAGGUCUUACAUGUCUGGCAGUAGUCAGUACACUCGGUAUCGAAUGGAAGUCUGUCAAAAAAGGGAAGAAAAGAUAG